AGGUGUGAAGCCCCAGAGAGACCCUGCAGAGAGAAGCUGACACUGCUGCAGCAGGAGUAUUAACAGUAUUUAGUACUUACAAUUAAACAGCAUAUUUGUUGUACUCCUAUAGGUGGGGGAAUUGUAUUUAUAGUUAUUGUGCUUGUAGUAACAGAAGGUAUUUGUACUUAUUGUUCUAACAUUUCCUAUAUAUUGGUAGUUUUUAUAUCUAUUGUAAUAAUAUUAUUGUGGCAGAGUAGUGAUAUUUUUAGUAGUAGUAUAGGUAGUAUAGAUAGUUGCUCAGGUGGUUAUAGCAGCACUUAAUGAAUUCAAGUUAUAAUUAAUAGAGUCGAAUAGAAUAAGUAUAAGUGGAGUCCAGUAAAAUGCAGGACUACGAGGAGUCAGUGUCAUUCCUGGGGACCUGGGGCCCGUUCCAGAGGAGAGUCGUCUUCCUGCUCUGUCUCACCAGCGUUCCAUGUGGAUACAACAUCCUGUCCGUCAUCUUCCUGCUGGCUAGCCCCCCCCACCACUGCCACAUACCUGCCCACAGCAACCUGAGCCAGGACUGGAUCCAAGCGAGCAUCCCAGUACAGGUGGCCGGAGGUCCGGAGACGAGCAGUUGUAGCCGGUAUGAGCUGGCCCUGGUUCAGAACCUGUCUGCACUUGGAACCAGACCCAACCUGGAGCUGGUCCUCAACCUGUCUGCGCUGGGAUCAAGUCAAGAGACCCUCCUGUCCAGUCUGAAGCAAGAGGGCUGUAGAGAUGGAUGGACCUACAGUACUGAGUACUACGAGUCUACUGUAGUCAGUGAGUUUAACCUGGUGUGCAGUGACCAGUGGAAACAGCCUCUGACCUCUCUCGUCUACUUUCUGGGAGGACUGUGUGGAUGCUUGGUCUCUGGACAGAUCUCUGACAGGUUUGGCAGGAAGCCUGUACUGUUCAGCGCCAUCGCCAUGAUUAGCAUCUUCAGCUGCGCUGUGGCCUUUGCUCCGUCCUGGCCCAUCUUCACCGUGCUCUUCUUCAUGAUGGGCCUGGGUCAGAUCUCCAGCUACAUAGUUGUGUUUGUACUCGGUUCAGAGAUCAUGAUUGGUUCGACCAGAGUUUUCUUCACCAACCUGUGGCUGCCUUUUGUCUACGUGUUCAGUAUGAUGCUGCUGUCUGGCACUGCCUACCUGGUCAGGAACUGGAGACAUCUGUCACUGCUUAUGGCCGUGCCAGGCAUAGCCUGUAUCCCCCUCUGGUGGCUGGUUCCAGAGUCUCCUCGCUGGUUGGUGUCUUGUGGCCGUUUGCAGGAAGCAGAACUCCUGCUGAGGUCAGCAGCUCUGGAGAAUCGAGUGGAAGCUCCACAUUUAAUUUUUGUCUCAGCCAAAGUUGAAAAAGUAACAAGCCAGAGUCAACCACCCUCUACCCUCAGCUUCCUGGACCUGCUGAGGACCACAAACAUUCGAAAUAUCACACUUAUGCUGUGGCUCAUCUGGUUUUCUAUGAGUGUUACCUACUUUGGACUGUCAUUCAACAUGUCUAGUCUCUAUGGCAACCCCUUCCUAAACUACUUCCUGGUGACGGUUGUUGAACUCCCAGGGUACACUGCCAGCUGGCUGGCGGCAUGCUAUCUUCCUCGCCGCCUGUCCUUUAUCAGUUUUACCCUGCUGGGGGCGCUAGCUCUGCUCCUCAUUCAGAUCACUCUGCACAGCCAUCCAGCUCUCACCCUGACCCUGGUGCUGCUGGGUAAAUUUGGCGUUCUGGCCGGCACCGGGGUGUUAUACAUGCUCACUGGUGAGCUGUCUCCCACAGUCAUCAGGAACACAGCCAUGUCAUCCUGUGCCAUGUUCUCCAGAGUGGGGUCCUCUGUUUCCCCAUACCUGCUGCAGCUUGCUGUGUUUGAUCAGUUCCUGCCGUGGAUCGUUGUGGGUUCUCUGUCACUGCUCAGCGUUCUGCUCUGCUUCUUCCUGCCUGAGACCUUCAGACAGCCGCUGCCCGACACCAUCCAGCAGAUGGCACCCACACAGCGGUUCAGGUGGCCGUGGGCCUCCACAUCUCCGGAAAAGGAUGAUGGGAAAUUAGCUAAAGACCAGACUACUGCACCUGAGGUCAUCUGCACAACUCAUCUAUAAGACUCCUGACAGACAAACAAAUGAAAAAACUCAACUAUGGACGACAUGAAAACUGCCUGUAAAAUUGUAUUUUAUUUUGUCAGGAUGGUGGUGUUGUUUUCUGUGUCCACCUAUGACUGCAGAGCCUCCAGAGAUGCACUUACUGACACCCUAUGAAUAGUUUGUAUUUCCAUACAGCAGGAGCAGAGUGCUGUACAACAGUGAGACCACAAAAUAAACUACUGCAAAGCUUCACUGACAAUAAGGACUCAAAUAAUGACAUUAAAGCUAAAGUAAAACCAAAGUCGGCAAAACCUUAAAAUAUUUAACAACAUUUAAAACCACACUGCAGUUUACUUCCUUGCCAUGGAUCAAGUUCACUGUGUUUCCACUUAUGGAUUGAAACAUUGCAUUUGAGUUAAUAGACAUGACAUGAAUGUGACAAUCAAUCUCAGCAUAAAUAUGGAAGAAAUAGACACCAUAAACGUGGAUUAAGGUGAACGUGAAUUCUGUUCAGACUCUGAGACGUAAGAUUUAUUCUGCUCCUGUAGCAGCAGUUAGUCAAGUCAGUUUUAUCUAUAAAGCCCAAUAUCGCGAAUCAAACAUUUGCUUCAGAGAGCUUUAAAAUCUGUACAACAUAAGACCCUCUAUCGACCCUCGAUUCAGAUAAGAUGUUUUGUGUACAUGUAAACCAACUACAGUAAUUAUUAAAAUUACAGUAGCAAUGUAAUAAUUUGCAAUAGGCUAUAAACUUGUAUUUUUCUGUGUACAUACUGUAUAGAAUGUAUUUUUGGUUUCAAGAGUAUGAUGAAGACAAACAUAUGGAUGUUUAUAUAUUUAAUGUGAUAAAUAAGUUAAUACAUAAAAAUCUAAAUGUCUGUAUUCAUUAUCUAAAAACUGUUAACUGAAAUGAUCAUCUCUUAUAUCUCUUAAUAAAUAUAAUGGUUAUUAUUUAAUAUGUUUACAUAAUCUAAU